CGCGCAAUAUAACGUACAACAUGGUAUUCCUCGACCAGUAAAGUUCGCCGCUUCAUCAAGUUCAGUGUUCGACAGAAACACGUUCCAGUGGUGCAUUUUCACAUAAUUCUAUGGUAUUCGAGUCUAAUUAAUUCACACAGCACUACAAAAUGGCGGACAAAAUUCCAAAAGGCACCACGACCGAAAUGGAAACAUUUCUCCCAAAAGACGAGUCGUCAAUCAACGGAAAUGUGACAACGUACAAAGUAACAAAAGAGAACGAUUUGGAGGCCGCCAAUGGCGACUUUGACCCGUUUAAAGCCAGGGUGCUGGACCACCCUGUAUCGAACUGUGAUACCUUGACCCACCUCCUGAAAGCCUCCUUAGGGACAGGAAUCUUAUCAAUGCCGGCGGCUUUCAAAGCCUCGGGGCUGGUUUUGGGUAUUUUUGCAACAAUUGUAGUCUCGAUUAUUUGCACCCACUGUGCCUACAUCCUCGUGGCUUCGGCGCACGAACUGUACAAAAAAACCGGCAAGCCGGCUAUGAGUUUCGCCGAAGUGGCCGAAGAGGCCUGUCUCAGGGGCCCCAAAUGGGGGCGAAAGUUCGCCUGGGUGGCGCGACAGACUGUCUUAUGGGGGAUUUUCGCCACGUAUUUCGCCACAUGCAGUUGCUACACUGUCAUCAUCGCGAAAAACUUCCUCUACGUGACGGAACACUACUGGGGGGAAAAUUCGGUGGAUCUUAGGGCAGCCAUUGCCCUGCUGUUGGUACCACUGAUUCUCCUCGCUUUUGUGCCAAAUUUGAAGUAUUUGGCACCGGUUUCCAUGGUUGCUAAUGGUUGUAUGGCGGUGGGAUUAGGGAUUACGUUUUAUUAUCUCGUUCAGGAGAUUCCCUCGUUUACUGAGAGGCCGGCUGUGGUCGAUGUGACCACUCUACCGGUUUGUAUCAGUGUUGUGAUUUUUGCUAUUGAAGCGAUUGGGGUUGUUAUGCCUUUGGAGAAUAAUAUGAGCACGCCGAGGAGUUUUAUUGGGAUUUGCGGCGUUUUGAACCAAGGGAUGAGUUUCGUGACGCUGGUUUAUAUCAUUCUGGGAUUUUUUGGGUACUUGAAAUAUGGGGAGGAGACCAAGGAUUCCAUCACUUAUAACUUGCCAAGAGAGGCAAUAGCCGCUCAGGCCGUCAACGUGCUCGUCGGUAUCGCCGUCUUCUGCACCUACGGCCUCCAAUUCUACGUCUGUCUCGACAUCGCCUGGUCCCAAAUGAAAGAGAAAUUCGCCAAACGCGAAACUUUGGCCAAUUACGGCCUCCGAACGGUUCUUGUAACCCUCAGCGUCCUCAUCGCCGUCGCAGUCCCAACAAUCGUCCCAUUCGUGUCCCUAAUCGGAGCCUUCUGCUUCUCCAUCUUGGGCCUCAUGUGUCCCGUUUUCAUCGAAGUCCUCACAUUUUGGGACAAGGGAUUCGGCCCAGGCAAUUGGAAAAUUGUGAAAAACGUCAUCAUUGUACUCACAGGAUGCCUCGCACUGAUUUUCGGCUCGAAAUCGGCCAUUCAAGAUAUAAUAAAGUUGUUUUAAUAACAGCGAAUUUUAGUACAAGACCAAACAAUUUUUUAGUACUUUUUUACGAUAAGUUAUUUAUUUAUUGGAGCGAUCCGAUUGGUAAAUCAAGUAUUAUUUUUGCGUCCACAAGUUCAAAAAUUUUGGCAGACAAUACUCAAGCAACAUUCCAACAAUAAUUUUCGGAAUUCGUGACGAGAAAUUUACCAAUUUUCGGAUAAAUGACUGUAAAAGUAUUUAUUUAUUUAAGCACAACCAUGUUUGAAUAUUUGUAUAUUUUGUUCCUCGAGGAACUGAAAAAACUGGAAGAUUGUACUGUACAUAACUGGAUGUUUUAUAAUUUUUGACAAAACCUUGUGAGUUUUUAAGAAAAACAAAUAUAAUUUCGAUAAGAA